AUGAAGAAGUCCUUGUUGUGUUGUUUGUGUACCUUAUUUGGUUUGUUAGCCGCCGCAUUCAUAGAAGAUAAGUAUCCGAAUUCAAAUAUAGGCAACUGGCUUGCUGAAAAUAAUAAUGAGUUAACAAGGGACUUGUUGUAUGAACUUCAAAAAGAUUAUCCAGGAAAAUCUCUCGCUGUAACAUCCGUGCCCAUUUUGAACAUUUUGGGGCAGCUUGCUUCAUAUUCCAAAGGAGAAACUUUUGAAGCUAUCACACAUACACUGGGAAUGAAGAAUAGUACUGAGAAUAGAAGAGAUACGAUAUUUAGUUUGCCUCACCACCACAAUAACCACGAUCAGGUGAAGAGGACUUUCCAAAUGGCAAACGAAAAGACAUUUGAUGACAGUGAACUUCCACUCAGAUAUACAUCAAAAUUAUACGCCGAUGACGAAGAUAAAUUUUGUCCGACUUUCAAGAAAACCUAUUCGAAGUACUUUAAAGGGCAAACAGGAAAUGUAGACUUCGAUAGACCACAGAAAGCGGCAAAAGAAAUAAAUGAGUGGCUCGAAGAAGAUUUCGAUCAAUACGGAAACACAGAUUUAGUUGAUGCAAGCGUAAUUAAGGAGGGCGAUGGCUUCGUUGUAGUUGGUUCUCUCGAACUAGAGCUUGACUACAAUACUGGGCUCAAUCCAACGAAAGUGCAAACAAUUGAUUUCUAUUUGAACGCUAAGAAAAAGGUAAAGACACCUGCUUUGGUCGGAAAGGCAAUCGUAAAGUAUGCCAAAGUUCCGGAAUACGAUGCACAGUUCAUCAGCAUAUCGCUCAAGGGAGGUGACUACACACUGUUCAUAAUUCUCCCCGAUGAGGUCAAUGGAUUAUAUAAGCUCACACAGAAAUUCCAAAGUUGGAAAACUGACGUUUUCAAUAAAAUCAGUCCAUACCAGGAAUAUAAAUGCGUCGAACUACAUCUGCCCCUUGGAUAUAUAUUAACUCAAGGUGACAUUACGAAGGCCCUCAAAACGAUACAAAACUUGGACAUAUUGUUUGAUAAAAAACGUGCCCAGCUCUCCGGUGUGACCAAGAACUGUGAGCCCGGUGUAAUCAAAAGUUUCUUGACCAAAACCUAUCUUGUUGAUAAAAUAAUUAAAGAAAAUAGUUUCGAUGAAGUGAAGAAACCCAAUAAGGCAGAAGAAGUUUGUUCAGACAAAGACAAACUGAUCACUGUUGAGAUUAAUCGUCCAUUUGCAUUUUCCAUAAUCAACAACGUCAUGGGUACCACUCCGAAAGCAUUGCUUAUUGCUGGUUUUUACUAUGGCUGA